ACUAACCUUAUUUUUCUGUCCUUCAAUUCUUUCAUUCAUAAAAGGACAUGAUGCAAAUCGGUGCAACACUUCCGGCAAACAACCUUCACACAAUUCAGGCGAGAAUCUCCGGUGGGUGUAAUUAUGGAUCACUUUUGAAUCCUUUAGGAAGAGCAUGUUACACAAAGAACAUGAUGAACACCACCACCGUAUCCACCACAAGAUCAACCCGACAACAUCUCAACAAUCUUGAAAAACUGCUAGCAACCGAACCGCAGGUUAUAUUAAAAGAACCGGAAGGUGACCGGUCGGUUAGUAAUAAAGAAAAAGGUUUGUUUGAAGGAUUGAAUUUGGCUCGAAUUUGGCCGGAAAACAAGGUGGCUGAGGAGAUGUCACCACGGCAUCUUAACCGGUUGAAGAGGUUGUUGUCGAAAACCGGUAUGGAAUACUCUCCCCGGAAUAGUUUAGCUUCGCGGUGGAGGGAGUAUCAUGGGAGUAAUAACUGGUCCGGUUUGCUUGAUCCGCUUGACGAGAAUCUCCGGCGAGAGAUGGUCCGGUAUGGCGAGUUUAUUCAGGCGGCGUACCAUUGUUUUCAUUCUGACCCCGCCACGUCAGCAGAGGAAGCUCCGUCGCCUAGACGUGUGGCGUUGCCUGAUAGGGCGUAUCGGGUGACGAAGAAUUUGUAUGCGACGGCGUCGGUUGGGUUGCCGAAAUGGGUGGAUAAGUUGGCGCCCGGGCUUGACUGGAUGAGCCAACGGACUAGUUGUAUUGGGUAUGUGGCGGUUUGUGAUGAUCAGAGAGAGAUAUCACGUAUGGGACGGAGGGAUAUAGUAAUAUCCCUCCGUGGGACCGCCACAUGUUUAGAAUGGGCGGAAAAUAUGAGGGACUUGCUAGUUCAAGUCCCUGGGACUAAUGACCCUAAUUUUGGGCAACCAAAAGUGGAGUGCGGGUUUCUAAGCUUGUAUAAGACUGGGGGAACUCAUGUCCCGAGUCUUGCUGAGUCAGUAGUUGAAGAAAUUAAACGAUUAACAAAGUUAUACGAAGGUGAAACCCUUAGUAUCACGGUGACUGGACAUAGCCUUGGUGCAGCAUUAGCACUAUUGGUGGCUGAUGACUUAAGCACUUGUGCGAAAGACAUGCCACCUAUAGCCGUGUAUACUUUUGGUGGACCUCGUGUUGGAAACCGAGGUUUCGCCAAGCGUUUGAGUUCCCAAAACGUAAAAGUACUACGAAUUGUGAACGCUCAAGAUCUUAUCACGCGGGUCCCAGGAAUGUUUGUAAGUGAAGAACUCGAUAAAAAGCUAAGAGAGUCGGAAGUUGCCAACAAAGUACUCAACUUGCUAGAUAAUAACAUGCCAUGGGCAUACGCACAUGUUGGGACGGAGCUUAGAGUCGACACGAAAAGCUCUCCGUACCUAAAACCGGACGCUGAUGUGGCGUGUUGUCAUGACUUGGAAGCAUAUCUACAUUUGGUGGAUGGUUUUUUGGCAUCAAAUUGUCCAUUUAGGGCCAAUGCCAAGAGAAGCUUGGUUAAGUUGGUCCAUGAACAAAAUUCGAAUAUGAAAAAGCUAUAUAUGAAUAAGGCACCAGAAUUGAAGUUAAGUCUUGAAAGAGAGGUGCAACUUUCGGGUUGUUUGCCAAGUCCGUAAUUAAAGGUUUAAAAUUAAAUUUAUUCAAUGUAUCCUAAUUAGUUGUUUAUUUAUCUUUUUUUUUUCAAGAAGUAUGAAUUAUUCUUCUUGUUUAUUUGUAUAUCUCAUUAGAUUUUUUUAUAUGUUAAUUACUAUGUGGUAAAA